CAUGGCACGGCUCACCAUGGCCAGUCUAAAUGGUGCGUGCAGGACCCAUCUCCGCGCCCCGCCCCGCUCCGAGACACGCAGGUUCCGGGGCGGAAGUCGGCGGCAUGGUGGCAUGAUGCACGUACUAACGCAGCGGGGCCAGUCUUCAUGAAACCGCUCAAGGUGCACUCGACGAAGCCGAUGACGGGCUUCCUUCGCAACGGCAAAUGCGAGGUCCCGCCCGAGGAUUCCGGAAACCACAGCGUGGCUGCCGAGGUCACGGAGGAGUUUCUCGACUUCUCGGCCAAGCGUGGGAAUAAUCUGCGUGAGGUAGGGCUGACGGGUGGGUGUAGGUGGUGUUUGUGCGUUAGUCGGUGGAAGGAAGCUAUGCUUGCGAGGAAGGGAGACCAGGACCCCGUGGUGCCAAGGGUCUUUUUGAAUGCUACGAACGAGGCGGCGUUGAGGCAGGUUGAUAUCGCGGAUCUAAAAAAGUUUGCGGCCGAUACGGAGGAGUAGGCAUUGAGUGCGUCAGUGUGGGGAUGUAGAUUCUGUCGUAAGACGAUAUAAAAAGGAGU